AUGAAAUAUCAACUUGCAACUACUGUUCCCAAAGAAAGUAUUUGUUCGGUGAAGCAGAAAUGUGAGAUCAUUAAGCGAAGUGUUCUUCAAGAUAUUUUUACAGAUAGAGAAAGCAGAAAAGCCAUUCAAAACCGAAAUUUUGCUAGAUCCUCAGCAGAUGAAAACACAAUUGCUACAAAGAAACAAAACAUAAAGCCAAAGAACUGUAAUCUCAAUUGGAUAUUUGAAGAUUAUACCUGCUCUAGAAUCGCCUUGGAGUUCGGAAAUGGGGGUGAGAGGGGACUGGCAGUGCGAGAGGGCCAAUGGCGGAGGCUGUUGCGUGAUUUAUAUGCUGGCUGA